CACGAAGGUAUAGCCUCCCCCUCCGCACACCGCACUCCCCACCACCAUUUCCUGCUUCUUCGCUAGAACCCUAGCCGCCGCGCCGCCCCAAGAACCGGGAAAGGGAAGCGACGGUCCGGUCUGCCCCUCCUCGUCGUCGAAUCCCGCCGCCACCUCCUUAAUCUUCGCCGGCGGGAUGGGGAAGGCGAAGCGGGCGUCCAUCUUCAUCAGGCUCGUGUCGGCCGCCGGCACGGGGUUCUUCUACGUGAAGCGCAAGAACCCUCGGCGGAUCACGGAGAAGCUCGAGUUCCGGAAGUACGACCCCCGCGUCAACAAGCACGUCCUCUUCACGGAGGCCAAGAUGAAGUGAGCGCGCGCGGUCUUCGCCGGAAGAUGGAAUAACGCCGUCGAGCCCUGUAACGAACCUGAGAGAGUGAGAGAGAGAGAGAGCGAGAGAGAGACAUCUGUUCUUGUUCGUUGUUAUUUUUUCCUUGACUGUACUGUCGAUGGACUGGGCUGCGGCGCGGUGCAGCUCAUCUGUUUCCUUUCUGCCGCUAAUCCAAGUCCGUUGCAUCCCCAUCCAUGAAGCUCCUGGUCCGGGUCCCUGUUGCUGCACUGUUGCUAUGUUCUCUCCCUCCCUGACAUCGUCUAGACAGAUUUGACAUUUCGCCUGUCUGUGUAACAUCUUUCUUGGUCCAACCGAACGUCAGUGACUAUUUGGCAUUUGUGA